AUGACGACACGACGGCUGGCGACCCGAUCGCAAGCUACCAUUGGCGCCCCUUUCAGCGUGACCCGACUGGCCCUCGUCGGAGCCAGUGCCCUGACUCGUUUCACGCGGGCCUAUGCGGCACCCGUGCUUGGUGCAGCGGCGAGUGUAGCCGCGAAUGAUUACGAUACCUUUACGAUCAAGGGGCAUGAGAAGGUCGAAGUUGGCAGCACCGGUCCGUUUACGGAGCCCUCCUUUUUUCUUUUUUUUUUCUUUUUCCCGGAGACCGCUCGUCCUCUGAGUUUUCCCGGAUUGUUGUAGGCUGACUUGGGGGAAUGAUCUGAUUGAAACAGCCUUCUACUACAAGCUCGUGAUCGCUUUUGUGCUCGUUGGACUCGGAGCAUGCUUCGCAGGCUUGACCCUCGGCCUGCUCUCUCAGGAUUCGGUCAAUUUGCAAGGUCAGUUUUUCCAAAGCGAAGUCGCUGCGACCGGGUUACACGUAUAAAUUCAACGUUAUCCCCUACGUUCUCGCGCACAGUCUUGUCGACCGCGGGUGAAGAACAGGAACGUAAAGAUGCGGCCAAGGUGCUCAAGUUGUUGGAAAGGGGCAAGCACUGGGUCUUGGUCGUGCUUCUGCUCUCCAACGUCAUCGUCAACGAGGUCAGUCCAACCGGUCAAGCAAGCCUUGUCGACGUCCCCAUCACUGAUCGGACCUUGCCCUCGUUCUCCCACUUUGCAACAGUCGUUGCGUGCGUCAUUGGUCGAUCAGUCAGCCUUCCUCGCGCAUUGUGAUGUUCGCUAAUCCCCGAUCUCGGCGCAUCUUUGCUCCAUAGCCAUCUUCCUCGAUUCCGUCAUCGGAGGCGGUGUCGGAGCCGUCGUCAUUUCCACUGGGCUGAUCGUCAUCUUUGGUGAAAUCAUCCCCCAAGCCGUUUGCGCCAGGUACGGAUUGCGGAUAGGAGCGAUAGCCGCCCCAGCCGUCUUGGCCCUCGUGAGUUGCUUUAUGUCUUGCCAUUUGUAGAUCAGGAGCACUCAAUUACUUCAUCUGAUCGUUAGAUGUACCUCGAGUACCCCAUCGCGUAUCCCAUCGCCAAAUUGCUCGACUACCUGCUCGGUGAGAGCCACGGGACGCUAUACAAAAAGGCCGAGCUCAAAACUUUUGUGGCUCUGCAUCGUCGCAUCGGCGGCGAGUCGCUCAACGAGGACGAGGUGACCAUCAUCUCGUCGGUGCUAGAACUCUCGGCCAAGCCCGUGUCGCAGAUCAUGACCAACCUCGAAGACACCUACUCGCUGCCCUCGGACGCGAUUCUUGAUCAAGAAACCGUCGACGAGAUCCUGGCGCUCGGUCACUCGCGCAUUCCUGUGCACACCCCCGAGGACCCGACCGAUUUCAUCGGCAUGAUCAUCGUCAAGAAGCUCAUCUCGUACGACCCUUCGCAAGCGAUGCCCGUCAGCACGUUCCCGCUGUCGGUCCUGCCCGAGACGAGUCCCGAAUCGACGUGCCUCGACGCGCUCAACUACUUCCAGCAAGGGCGAUCGCACAUCUUGCUCGUGUCGAGUACGCCGGGAACGCCGGGUGGUGCGCAGGGCGUGGUAACACUCGAGGAUGUGAUUGAGGAGAUGAUUGGCGAGGAAAUCGUCGACGAGACGGAUCUGUACGUCGACCUCAACAACAAGAUCAAGGUCGUGCGCGGACCAGCGAAGCGAGUCGCGACGGGCAAGGCUUUGGCGCCGUUGAUCGCGGGCGUGAUCGAGCGUCGGCACGCACGCCGCCAGAACACGAGCACGAAUCUGAACUAUGGCACGAACGAGUCGACGCCGAACGGCGCGUCGCCGAAACCGCCGCAUCCGAAGCCGAACCCUGCGCAAACCGCGUUCGACAAGGUCAAGUUGCGCAACGGCAAGCUGCCCGACCGAAGGCAGCGAAUCCUCGAUGGCGCUUCGCCGAGCUUGCAUGCCGAACGAAGUGGGAGCCCUUCUUCGAUGAGUGGAUUGGAUGAUGAGACGUCGACGUUGGGAGAGAGGAAACCUUUGCUCGGUAGGAAUCAGACGACCGCGAAUUGA